AUGGUCCUCUCACAGUUCAGAGAAUUGGACGUAAAGUCCAUGGAACAGUUGUACGAAAAAAAAGAGCGUAAAAAGAGGCAACGCGCAGAGCAGAAACGUCGACACGAGCGCGAAGAGCAGCAGCAGCGACAGCAGCAGAAACAAGCGCAACUCCCAUCAACGGCCCUUGCAACACUACUUGGACAGACCGUUGGAGUUCUGGGUGCGACAGAGGCCCAGACCACAAGCUGGACAAGCGCCGACCCUUUCGCUAGCAUUGGCAACCUUGACUUUGAUUCCGGUGAGAAUAUUGGAAUCGCCGAAGCGUACACACAAUGCGACUUCGCGUCCUUGGAGUCCACAGAACCGUCUUGUGAGAUCGGUGGUAUCCUAUCGACAAUACCAAAGCCUACCUUUGCAGGCAAUAUCAAGUCACAUUCGCCAUUUUGGUUGUCUUGCGCAUCCCUACCUGCUCAGCCUUCCACAGAACGAGUCCCUCAUGACGAGGCAAAUCCAUCUUCGGCUGAGGAAUUGUCAUUGGCUCUUGACCUAGCCAGACGGGCAACUGGGCAACUUCGCCUGGCAAAUUCUGUUAUCAGCGCCAUGAAUGCAUCUGUAGUUGAAGUUGCAGAUAGCAGCGAGAGCAGCGAGAGUUGCAAUGCUGAUGAACCCGACGACGGCAGGGGUUCUGACGAUGAAGAGACCGAUGUUGAGAGCUGCCAUCAAGAGAUGGCAGUCCCAAGAUGUGAACUUACGGGAAAAGAUCUGUCGGGUAGUCCUGUACUACACGCCCUGUCACAAAGCAACCCCGCAGCGCCCAACUGCCCAGAGUGCCCAUCUGUUGCUAGAAACCCAUUUCUCAGCGACUCGGCAAAGGCGCCAGUUGGUUCCUUGGGCGGGUUGAAAGAGCCUCAAACAGGCGAUUUUUCACUCCCUACCCCAGCGUCUGAUCACGCCUCCGAUUCAGGGCAAGUUGGCCAUAUUGUUACCUGUCGGAAGAAACGGGGAGGCGAGCCAACCGAAGGCGGCAGCGAGAGCCAUGAACUACGCCCGGCUAAACGAAUGAGGCCUCGCAAAGUUGACAACGGGACAAAAUCACCGGCUCUGCCACCCAGGACUUUACGCGCAUUGCCAUCUCGAGUCCCGGCUGAAAAUUCAAGUAAGAGGCUGUCAAACGAAAUUGAAAGACAGCCUCGUCGCUCGGCCGAAACACCGGAACGGUCUGAAGCGGAGGACCCCAUCGGUUUAAUACCCUGUGGCAACGACAAGCUGCGCCCUGAUACAUCAUUAAUGCACGACUUGGAUUAUACCUCCAAAAGAAGCAGGUGCAAGGAAGCAAGGCAGGGUCGCUCGCGAAAAAUAUCGCCUGUUCCCUCACUUCGCCCAAACCACCUUUCUAGGAAUCACGAUCAGACCGAGAGGUGCGGAUUGGUUCCCCCUCCGCCUAUCAACACCACGGCGAACCUACCAGUAGCCACAUGCCAUGCUUGCGGCUUUUCUGCGAAACACCUAUUACGCAUGAUCAACACUUUCGAGGCUCUCAAUGGGGGUAUCGCUAGGUUGCCUGAUGGUGAAAGACGAAUGGACAUGCUUGAGCUAUUCCUUGGGUUCAUCAAAAACUAUGCUACGGAGAGACUUCCACACAACGAACUAAUCACGGGGGAAGACGAACCGUAUAACACGACACAUCAAGAUCAUUCAGCGGAGGUUGCUAUCGGACUGUCACACGGUGAUACAUUCAACCAGGAUGAUGGCUCGGACGACAACACCGAUGGCAACGACAGCCAAAGCGACGACCAAAGUGACAGUGAUAGUUCUGAUCACAAACCCAGCCCAAACAGUCUUGAUGAAAGCGUUAAAAGAUCUAAGCGCCGCCGUUGGACGGAUUGGGAAGAGGAGCGUCUGCGUGUAUACAUUGAAGAGGGGAAGGAGUGGUCAUGGAUUGCAAAAAGGCUGCAUCGAAGCGAGCCAGCUGUGACUCAGCAUUGGGUGAUAAUGGAGAGGCAAGACAAGGAGGCAGCAAAGUGA